AUGUCAGAAAUAUUUCAAAGUUACUGGAACCUGAGCUAUGAUCGACAAAGAGAUUUUAUAAGAUGCAAUGCAAUUAUGACUGAAAAGCGUAGAAAGACAAAAAAACCAGAAGAGGAGUCAAGAAGAAAACACACCAUUCACUACUAUCUGCCUAUAGAUGAAUGUAAGGUAGAGGUGUGCAAAAAGACAUUUUUAGGAAUAUUAGACAUUGGAGAAAAAACAGUCACAUAUACAUUAAACAAGAAAAAGAACCCCUUCACUUCCACUGAUAAUAGGGGGAAACAUGUUCCAAAAAAUAAAAUUUCAGAGAAAGACAAAGAUCCUAUCAGGGAACACAUUCGUUCUUUUCCGAAAACAGAAUCACAUUACUGUAGAAAAUCAACCCAGAGAGAAUAUUUGGACAGCUCUCUCUCCAUUAGGAAAAUGUACUAUCUGUACAUAGAAAAAUGCAAAGAGGACCACAAUGAUGCACAAAAGUUCUGGCUUUAUGAUAAAAUUUUUGCCACUGAGUUCAACUUGGGGUUUCAUAAACCCAAAAAGGAUGUAUGCUCAUUUUGUGAUGCAUAUGGAAAAAUGUCUGAGAAAGAAAAACAGGAAAAUAGGAAUGAAUUUGAAAAGCAUCAGCAACGAAAGCAGGAAGCCAGAAUGCAAAAGCAGGAAGAUAAGCAAAGAUCGAUGGAAAAUGAAAUGAUCAAAACUAUAAACUUUGAUUUGCAGAAGGUACUCGUUACCCCCAAGGCUCAAAUUAAUGAACUGUACUACAGCAGAAAACUUGCAACUUACAACUUUACUAUAUUUGAUGUUGUAUCCAAAGAAACUGUCUGUAAUAUGUGGUGGGAAACCAUAGCAAAGCGGGGAAGUUGUGAAAUAGCUUCCUGUCUCCUAGAUUACAACAAAAGUGUUGGGUCUAUUGAUGAACUAGUGUACUAUUCAGACAGUUGCACUGGCCAGCAAAGAAAUCCGCCAUUUAGUGGAAUGUGUCUCUACUCUGUGGUUAAUUUCCCAAUUCAAAAAAUAACACACAAUUAUUUUGAAAGAGGACACUCACAGAUGGAAGGAGAUUCUGUACAUGCCACUAUUGAAAGAUCAACAAAACAUUCAGAUAUGUUUUCCCCAAGUGAUUGGAUGGUUGGUGUCCGCAAUGCUAAAGUAAACCCACCUAGGUAUGUAGUGAAGGAGAUUGGAAAUAGGGAUGUUAUGAAUUUCAAAGAGCUUACAGAUGAUUGUAUAGGCAACAGGAACCGUGCAGAAGAUGGAUCAAUAAUGAAAUGGAAUAAUAUUCAUUCAUUCCAGUAUCGAAAGGAAGAGCCAAACAAGAUAUUCUUCAAAUACGAAAUCAGUCAGCGAGAGUAUAAUUCCAUUGAUAUUCGAAGUGGACGAAGAGGGGCGAAACUUAAGAACAUGAAAAAUUAUCAUCUGAAACCUCUUUACUCUUCCUUAGUCCCAAUCUCAGAUGCCAAAUUCAAAGACUUAAUGGGUUUGUGCAAGAAAAAUGUAAUUCCCCGUGUUCAUCAUGAUUUCUACUCCCAGCUCCCUCAUAAGGGAAGUGUCUGCAAUUCGUUGGAGGAACCUGAUGAAAAUGACGACUCAGAUUGA